UUUUUCUAACAGGUCACAAUCACAGUCAUGGAGCCCAAUGACAAAACACUACUUCUCGUACGGUGGUUUCGAGAUAACACAGAAAAUGUGGUGGCCUAUAGGGACGUGAUAUGUCGAAAAGGACAUCCUGAAGUUGGUCAUACAAUUGUGAUGCCAUGGGGGAAUGAGAGGUGGCACGGGAAGGUGUUGCAAAUAGCAUCAGAAGACAGUGAUGAUAGUGAUGAUUCGGACAUUGAUGACAAUAUCCCCUUGAUAGAGCUGAGAGAAAAAGGAAGAAGAGUGGACACAGGGAACAAUAUCAUGGAAGACAGAUGUUUAAGCAUCAUAGAAGAGGAGCUGAAGGACUCGCAUAACGUAAAAUCAUGCGAACACUUCGGCUGCACUAUCAAAGUUUUUUCGGUCUGUGUAUGGUGCGAAGUGUUUUUGUGUUAUGACCAUUUCAUCGCCGAUGAUCCGUGCUCCCAGCAUAACCAGUACGCGGAAUUGGUUCAGAGACCGACAACUUUAGCUGCCGGAACCCCAGCAGAAAUUGAUGAGAUCGUAGCAACUAGCCACUUCCAUGCUACAAUGCCAGCUGCACAGCCUGCUAAAAAUCCAGAGAGAUGUGAGUGUUGUGGUCUGAAGGGGCUGCUUUUUUCCUUUAAUAUGAACAAUGUGAAAUCCAUGCCCAGCAGGUGUUUCCGCCAUGAAGACAUUCAUUCCACAAUGCUUCCCUCGUCCAUGAAGGGUAUACAACUGGUUACUUACUUAGCGAUUAAAGGUAAACCAUUAAUGUCUUAGAAGGAUUUGCUGCUUAAUAAAAACCCUUAUGAGUUAUCUCUCAUCAUGUCAUCACAUGUCUGCCAAUGAAUAGAAUGAUUUCUGAAUCCUGAUAUUAGGUAGCAUGUAGUGUAUACAAAUCCUAUACAGUUUCAUAAUAUUUUCCAUAGUACCAAUUAUUAGAGUGAUUCAUGAACAAAAAUUUCAUCUAAGUUCUUUUUUUUAAAUACUUGACAUUUUAUAAUUUUUGUACGAAUGUAUUGCCAUGUUAUAGAAAGUUUCAUCAGUGUGUGAUGUUCAGAGCUUAAGUACAUGCCGCUAAUAUUGUCAUGUUAUAGAAAGUUUGAGCUAUAUUACAUGCCACAAGUAUUGCCAUGUUAUAGAAAGUUUCAUCAGUGUGUGAUGUUCAGAGCUUAAGUACAUGCCGCUAAUAUUGUCAUGUUAUAGAAAGUUUGAGCUAUAUUACAUGCCACAAGUAUUGCCAUGUUAUAGAAAGUUUCAUCAGUGUGUGAUGUUCAGAGCUUUAGUACAUGCCGCUAAUAUUGUCAUGUUAUAGAAAGUUUGAGCUAUAUUACAUGCCACAAGUAUUGCCAUGUUAUAGAAAGUUUCAUCAGUGUGUGAUGUUCAGAGCUUAAGUACAUGCCGCUAAUAUUGUCAUGUUAUAGAAAGUUUGAGCUAUAUUACAUGCCACAAGUAUUGCCAUGUUAUAGAAAGUUUCAUCAGUGUGUGAUGUUCAGAGCUUUAGUACAUGCCACAAAUAUUGCCAUGUUAUAGAAAGUUUCAUCAGUGUGUGAUGUUCAGAGCUUUAGUACAUGCCACAAAUAUUGCCAUGUUAUAGAAAGUUUCAUCAGUGUGUGAUGUUCAUGAGAGCUUUAGUACAUGCCACAAAUAUUGCCAUAUUAAAGAAAGUUUCAUCAGUGUGUGAUGUUCAGAGCUUUAGUACAUGCCACAAAUAUUGCCAUGUUAAAGAAAGUUUCAUCAGUGUGUGAUGUUCAUGAGAGCUUUAGUACAUGCCACAAAUAUUGCCAUAUUAAAGAAAGUUUCAUCAGUGUGUGAUGUUCAGAGCUUUAGUACAUGCCACAAAUAUUGCCAUGUUAUAGAAAGUUUCAUCAGUGUGUGAUGUUCAGAGCUUUAGUACAUGCCACAAAUAUUGUCAUGUUAUAGAAAGUUUCAUCAGUGUGUGAUGUACAGAGCUUUAGUAUAUGCCACAAAUAUUGCCAUGUUAUAGAAAGUUUGAGCUAUAUUACAUGCCACAAAUAUUGCCAUGUUAUAGAAAGUUUCAUCAGUGUGUGAUGUUCAGAGCUUUAGUACAUGCCACUAAUAUUGCCAUGUUAUAGAAAGUUUCAUCAGUGUGUGAUGUUCAUGAGAGCUUUAGUACAUGCCACAAAUAUUGCCAUGUUAUAGAAAGUUUCAUCAGUGUGUGAUGUUCAGAGCUUUAGUACAUGCCACAAAUAUUGCCAUGUUAUAGAAAGUUUCAUCAGUGUGUGAUGUUCAGAGCUUUAGUACAUGCCACAAAUAUUGCCAUGUUAUAGAAAGUUUCAUCAGUGUGUGAUGUUCAUGAGAGCUUUAGUACAUGCCACAAAUAUUGCCAUGUUAUAGAAAGUUUCAUCAGUGUGUGAUUGUUCAGAGCUUUAAUACAUGCCACAAGUAUUGCCAUGUUAUAGAAAGUUUCAUCAGUGUGUGAUGUUUAUCGAUUGCAUUCAGGGACAGGAUUUACUAAAUUACAAGUAUUUAAACCUUCCUUAUAUAAAUCCUUUUAUUGAAAUCAAAUACAAGUGAUUUAUUCGACAAUGUACAUAAAGAAUUCAUGUGUGAAUAAUGUAUUAAUGUAAAUAUGAAUGUAAUUUUUACCAAAAUGAAAUGAAUUAAUAUUAUAAAUUAUUUGAUAAUUGUUUUGUAAUAUGUUCUAUGUACUCUUUACAGGGAUAAUGAUAUAGAGUGUAAAUAGAAGUUUGAUAGUUCUAAAAAAAACUUAAUUUCAAGUCAUUUUUGUUAAUCGUGACAUUAUUAUGUGUUUGAAUAGCUUUGUUGUUUUAUCAAUUGAUAAUUCAAUUUUUGCUUCAGACAUGUACUGCAUAAUGUGAUUGAUAUAAGCAUUGGAAAGUGUUUGAAAUGUUACAAAUAGUGUC